AUGCCCGCCGCGUCUCCCACGGGGCCCUGGGCCCCCGCGGCCCCCAACGCCACGGCGGCGGCGGCGGCGGCGGCGGCGGCGGCGGCGGCCAACGUCAGCGUGCCCGAGGUGCCCCUGUUCCACCUGUUCGCCCUGCUGGACGAGGAGCUGCACGCCGCCUUCCCGGGCCUGUGGCUGGCACUGAUCGCGGUGCACGGCGUCAUCUUCCUGGCGGGGCUGGUGCUCAACGGACUAGCGCUGUACGUCUUCUGCUGCCGCACGCAGGCCAAGACGCCCUCGGUCGUCUACACCAUCAACCUGGUGGUGACCGACCUGCUGGUGGGGCUGUCCCUGCCCACGCGCUUCGCCGUCUUCUACGGCGCGCGCGGCUGCCUGCGCUGCGCCCUCCCCCACGUCUUCGGCUACUUCCUCAACAUGCACUGCUCCAUCCUGUUCCUCACCUGCAUCUGCGUCGACCGCUACCUGGCCAUCGUGCAGCCCGACGGCUCCCGCCGCUGGCGCCAGCCUGCCUGCGCCAGGGCCGUGUGCGCCUUCGUGUGGCUGGCGGCCGGCGCCGUGACCCUGUCCGUGCUGGGCGUGAGAGCCGGCGGCGGGCCUUGCUGCCGCGUCUUCGCGCUGACCGUCCUGGAGUUCCUGCUGCCCCUGCUGGUCAUCAGCGUGUUCACGGGCCGCAUCGUGUGCGCGCUGUCGCGGCCGGGCCUCCUGCGCCAGGGCCGCCAGCGCCGCGUGCGGGCCAUGCAGCUGCUGCUGACCGUGCUCGUCAUCUUCCUCGUCUGCUUCACGCCCUUCCACGCCCGCCAGGUGGCCGUGGCGCUGUGGCCCGAGGUGCCGAGCCACGCCAGCCUCGUGGCCUACCACGUGGCCGUGACCCUCAGCAGCCUCAACAGCUGCAUGGACCCCAUCGUCUACUGCUUUGUCACCAGCGGCUUCCAGGCCACCGUCCGAGGCCUCUUCCGCCGGCGCGGGGCGGAGCGCGAGCCCCACGGCAGCACCGUGGUCGGCAUGCAGAGGAGCUCGCGAGCCUCGGGCCGCAAGCACAGCCCGGGCCCCGGCCCCGGCCCCGGCGCCUUCACCCAGGACCUGGCUAACGGGCCAGAGGCUUAG